AUGCCUACCCUCGAGUCCUACAACGGCUACUACCUCUGGCACUAUGUGCCCAGUCUGGUCGCCGCCAUCAUCUUCGAGGUCCUCUUCGUCCUCGCGACGCUCUUCCACGCGUACAAGAUUGCCAGGACAAAGACGUGGUUCUGCAUCGUCUUUGUGAUAAGUCAACAUACCCACUUCCUGGCACCCCCCUGUUUCUGGCACCCACAAAAACGCGAAAAUCCACCACAACCCAAUGCCCACCCCCAACCUCCUUUUAUCACAACAUUUUCAAUUCGCGUCCAAAUGGGCUCAUCUUUUGCACAUGUCUUCUUCUAUAUAUAA